AUGCUCACCUAUCAGUUUUUACCUAUAAUAGCAGUUCUUAUAAAAAAUACAGUUGCACUACGGAGUGAAUGUGUUAGUUCAUACACUGCACUAUUCCUGCAACCCAUAAUUCCCCAUCACUCGAUUUAUUCUCAACAGUUAAAUACUGAUUAUUCCGCUAAUUCAUUGGGAGACGGAUCUAGUGAUGGAAAUUGGCUUAAUGGCACAAGAAUUCCAGAUUCUAUUCAUCCAAUAAACGACUAUGUGCUGGUGGAACAACCUAGCAGCUCCGGUACUACUUCAGGUGGUGUCAUUUUAUCCGGUAGAAAACAGAGAAUGUCUGGAAAAGUGUUGGCAGUGGGACCUGGUCUUGUGUCUGAUACUGGUACAAUUUUACCGAUGCAACUAAAUGUUGGCGACAUUGUGAUGCAUUCCCAAGCAGGCCCAGACAAAGCGUUCAAGUACAACGGGAAAGAAUGUGUAUUAAUAAAAGCAUCCGAAAUUUAUUGUAAAAUUGAAGCGGAAAAGUACGGUUAUAUGGAUGGAGGAUUAUCCGCGGAAGAUAUACAACCAUUAGGAUCUAGGAUAUUAAUAAAAGUCUUAUCGCAACCAGGAGUGACUGAGAGUGGAUUAGUAUUAUCUAAGUCUGAUAAUGGUUUGUCAAGGGGAGAAGUUCUUAAGAUUGGACCAGGAGAUUAUACCUCAGAUGGCACGAUCAUUCCAAUAACUGAUUUGAAUGUUGGACAACAAAUACUUUAUCCACAGGAUGCAGCACAAAGUUCCUUAUUUUCACUAAAUAGGGAUACUUUCGCCCUAGUACCCAUUAAAUCAGUUCAUGCAAAGAUAUAA